AUGCAAAGCCUUCCUGGAUCAGGUGAGUGCAAACCAAGGAGGGCUGAGCCUGGGACGAAGCAUCCUCGGCUGGAAAGAUGAAGGCAGAGGCAUCUCCCACCUCCGAAAUAAAGGAUUCUCACCUGUGGCAGGUCAGAGAGACAAGCAGGCGGCUUAUUCCCAGCAAGAGAUCUCAGCCUGUUUAGUGGGGAGAAGGGAAAUGGUACCAGCACUGAGGAUAUUGGGGGGGACGGACAUGGUACUAUUUGGCUUUUGUAGUGCCUUGGUUUCCCCAGGGAAUUCCAGAUGAAGGAAAUACAGUGGUACCUCGGGUUACAUAUGCUUCAGGUUACAUACGCUUCAGGUUACAGACUCCGCUAACCCAGAAAUAGUACCUCGGGUUAAGAACUUUGCUUCAGGAUGAGAACAGAAAUCGUGCUCUGGCGGCGCAGCGGCAGCAGGAGGCCCCAUUAGCUAAAGUGGUGGUUCAGGUUAAGAACAGUUUCAGGUUAAGAACAGACCUCCGGAACGAAUUAAGUACUUAACCAGAGGUACCACUAUAUGGGAUACCCGGAGGAGAGAGAGCCCUGCUGGAUAGGUUCCCCUCUCACCCCAGAAUCCUGUUUCUGAUAAGACAGGCUUGUCGGUCCAGGGAGGGCUCAUAGGACCCAACUCAUGGGGGCCGUGGGAGCUUCAGCCCCCACAAUAUUUGAGGGGGCUGUGCCCCUCCAAAGUUGAUGGAUUGCCAUUCAAAUGUUGUGCGUGCAGCUCAUCAUGCAAUCGAUUAUGCGGGUCGGGGCUCUUACCUGCACACCUCUCCCCCAAUAUUUUAUAAAGGUUGGCACCCCUGGGAAGGCUGGUGUGAUUCUCACUACUGGUUGCACCUGGGUUCGAAUUCUGUGCAAGCCCACAGGAAGCGGAAUGUCUCCCUCUAUGCAUGCAAAAGCUCCCUGGUAUUCCCAGAAGAAGAAGAAGAAGAAGAGUUUGGAUUUGAUAUCCUGCCUUUCACUCCCUUUAAGGAGUCUCAAAGCGGCUAACAUUCUCCUUUCCCUUCCUCCCCCACAACAAACACUCUGUGAGGUGAGUGGGGCUGAGAGACUUCAGAGAAGUGUGACUAGCCCAAGGUCACCCAGCAGCUGCAUGUGGAGGAGCGGAGACUCGAACCCGGUUCCCCAGAUUACGAGACUACCGCUCUUAACCACUACACCACACUGGCUCUCUAGGUAGGGCUGGGGAAAGACCUCUGUCUAAAACCCCCGGAGAGAGGCUGCCAGUCGGUGUAGGCAAUACUGAGCUAAGUAGGCCAAUGGGUCUGACUCUGUAUUAGGCAGCUUGCAAUGUUCUUCUCCCAUGACUUGCUCUCCGCUCUAGCAUGGAGAAAUCACAGUUGCACUGCCUUGAGCUCUUGAGGUUUUGCUUAGCUAUUGCAGCUGCUUUUGAUUUGAUGGGCAACUUCCCAAACGGUGAAGAGAUGCCUAAUUCUUCUUUAAAGCCUGCCACUGCUACCCCUUGUGAAAGCGAACCCCGUAAAUCCGUGGUUCUCAAAACUUUUUUUCUCUGGGCUACACUUUCAGAAUAAAAAUGUGCUCACAAUUUUUUUUAAUUGAUAAUAAAUACAUGGGGGGGCGGGACUCCUAGCAGAGAUUGAUUUAUAGGAGUAUCCCUUGAUGCUCUUGCUCUUGUUUUGAAAAUAUUUCUAUCUGUAUUCUUCAAAUAACAAGCAUUAUUUUGAUACCGUAUUAUACCACACCGAAAUGUUUAGAUGUUUAUUUGAUUGUCCUUGAUUCUUCCCACUACAUUUGCCAUCCUCUCCUGCCACACCCUUUGAAAACCACUGUCCGCAAAAAUAAUAAGUUUAUAAAAAGCGAAAAAACUCCCAAGAAUGAUCAGUGAGCUUUUGAAUCUGCCAGGUUGACUGUUAAACGAAUGAAUGACUCGGGUCUUGCCUGCGGGGCUCCCACUGAGGGGUCUCUGUGCGGCCACUGUGAGGAAGUAUGCUGCCCUGGAAGGCCUAUUGGCACGAUCCAGCAGGACUCUGCUUAUGUUCUAGAGCAUGAUUUCCCAAACGUGGGUCUCCAGCUCUUGCUGGACUACAACUCCCAUCAUCUCUAGCUAUUAGGAUCAGUGGUCAGGGAUGGUGGGAAUUGAAGUCCAAAAACAGAUGGAGACCCAAGUUUGGGAAACGCUGUUCUAGAGGCAGCCUGCUUCUGAAUACCAGCCACUGGGGAGCUUCAGCGGCUAUUGCCUUCCUAUUAGCUUGUGGGCCACUGGUGGAACCAGGAUGUUGUCUGAGACGGCCCUUUGGUCUAACCCAGCAGAGCUUCUCUUCUUAAGUUCCCUGAAUGAGGAGCUCCCAUCAUCCAUCAUGCAUUAUUAUUAUUAUCUGACUUGAACUGAUUUGAUAAUGAAAUGAUUUUAGAAUGUUGUAUCAUUUUACUGUUGUUAGCCACUCUGAGCCCGGCUUCGGCUGGGGAGGACAGGAUAUAAAUACAAUUUUAAUAUUAUUAUUAUUAUUAUGACUCCACACUUUUCAGUGCUGAUUUUGUUUGCAGCACAAGGAACGAAGAUGGAGGAGCAGGACUCAGCGCAACUUGGGGAGAAGCCAGAGGAAGGUGGGCUGGCCCCUCACGAUAUCCAGAUCAGAGCGGUCCGGGAAUUCUGGACAGGGGUGCCUCCGGGAGCGAUGGGGGAACCCCUGUGGCAGGAACUCUUGAAGAUGAUGCAGUCUCCUAAUUUUGGGCUGAGAAACCCCCAGCUGAUGGACGACGCUGCUGCUUUCCAUCCCUCUUUCAAGGGGGCAGCUGAUGCUGGCCAGUGGCCUAGAGGAGAGCAGGCCCCAGAUCCAGGGGGAGGCCUCCCCGAGGCCUACAUGAGCCCAGAAGCCUCCGGAAAAGUGAAGGAAGAGAUUCCAGACGAAGAAGACUUGGAGGCACGAUGCCGGCACUUCCGGGAGUUCCGCUACCGGGAAGCGGAGACCCCCCGAGAAAAUGGCCGGCAGCUCCUGGAGGUUUGCUGCCAGUGGCUGAGGCCCGAGAGACACACCAAGGAGCAGAUGCUGGAGCUGGUGAUCUUGGAGCAGUUCCUGGCCGUCUUGCCCCAAGGGAUGCAGCACUGGGUGCUGGAACGCAGCCCUGAGAAUAUGUCUCAAGCAAUGGCACUGGCCGAAGGCUUCCCUCUCCUCUCUGAAGAGUGGGAGCAAAAGGUGAGGCAGUUUCAGCGGUGUGGCUGGUGCCCCUUUGGGACUGGUAGGGCAGAAGGCAGGGAGCCCGACAGUAGGUGGCGCCACUUCCCAAUGAAAGCCAGAGCCAAGGAUUUAUCCCCCAUCCUCUUUUUCCUCAGCAGGCACAUAUAUUGCCCUGCUUCUCACCGGAUGCUAAAAUAAACUGUGGCUUAGUACGAACGAACAAGAUCACAUCCACGCCAUCCAUUUAAAUGCACAUGUAGCACUCGCCCCAAGAAUCAUGGGAACGAAGUUCCAAGUAACGCAAAGGCGUUUACAUUCCUCUGCACUUUAUUACUGCAGUACAUUAUGAAAAGGCUCAAUUUCUCAAAGAAGGCAUUAUCUUGUCUAUCCUCUAGAAAAACCAUCUAUGAGAAAAUGGAUAACUAAAAUUUGGGGCGCAGUAUGUAUGCUUAGCUUACAUAUAUGGUGAGAACCAGAGGGGGCAUAGUUCCAGUGGUGUCCAAACGUUUUUCAAAGAGGGCCAGAUUUGGUGAAGUGAAGGGCUGUGGGGGCUGACCAAAGUUGUUGACCUUUUGGUAGACAGACAAUCAUUGAGAAGUGGAGCCUUUUUAUAAUGUACUGUAGGAAUAAAGGGCAGGAGAAUGUAAACCUGUUUGUGUUACUUGGAACUUCGUGAUAUUAAUUCAUUGCAUGUGAUUUUGGUAUGGAAUUCUGUUCCUAUAUGUUUGGCUCUAUAUAUCCCCUUUACUCCACAUCUAUUUCAUUUUAUUAAGCAUCUGUUAUUAGAUUUUGUUGUGUUUUAUUAUAAAUGAAUAUAUACGUUGGGGGGAGAGAUUUAUGGGAACUGUUGUUUACCCCUCACAGAGCAGCAAUUCCCAGGCCCCUUAACAAAUUACCUUUCCCAGGAUUCUUGGGGUGUGCCACAAAUGUAUUUGGGGAAGAAGAGGGGAAAUAUUAAUCUAUAGCACAACUUUUUGGCAAUGGAUUAGAUUUUGUCAAACUUCAAUCUUAAAACGGUGUUAAAAACUUCCGUGUGUCUUAAUUAACUGCAAAUAUUUACUAUAUUCAAUAAACCGGCUUGCAGUUUGUUGAAAGUUUAUCUUGUCUUUUGUCUUGCCCCCUCCUUUAAAUCUGACAUUAUGUCUCAACCUGGCCAUUGAGACAAGACUCCAACAUUCUUUAAUGUUCCGGUUCACACAGAAUGAUGCCACAGAACAGCCAAUUUCCUGCGUCUUCCCUGUGGGGGUGGAGCCAGACUUGAAGACCUUUGAACUCUAGACAUUAUUAUAUCUGUAGCAUUGACUGGGGGUUCCCCACAGCAUCCCUGUAAAACUCCCUAACCUGCCUGCUUCUCUUUCAGCCCCCAGGACCAUUGAAGGAGGACUCUGUUGAUUUCCCCUUCUCGGAGCAGAACCCAUCAGACCCUCAUCAGAACGUCCAAGUGGAGGCCAAGCAAGAAGACACGGGAGCAGCCUGCUUGCUGGGUGAGCCUCCUUGCUGGGAUGGCAGCUGGGACCUGGCUUCGGCAGCUCCUGUCCCUGUCUGCUUCCUGUCACUCGGACCAACAUCCGAGGCCUUGCUCUGUGCUAAACUACAGUGGCACCUCGGGUUAAGUACUUAAUUCGUUCCGGAGGUCCGUUCUUAACCUGAAACUGUUCUUAACCUGAGGCACCACUUUAGCUAAUGGGGCCUCCCGCUGCUGCUGUGCUGCCGCCGGAGCACGAUUUCUGUUCUCAUCCUGAAGCAAAGUUCUUAACUAUUUCUGGGUUAGCAGAGUCUGUAACCUGAAGCGUCUGUAACCCGAGGUACCACUGUACAGCAGUCAUAACAUCUUGUAGGGAUGCUCAUCAGCUUUUAAAAGGUGAUUAGGUAAAUUCAGGGAGGAUAUGGCUAUCAAAGGCUAUGAUGGGUGCUGACGGUUUUUGCAAAAAGACCAAAAAAAUUAAAAUACCUCUGUCCCUAGUUUGUACACGCAGAAAUCAGACUUGUGGAAAUGAAAAUCAAAGCACCCUUGAUGAUAGCACACACAUCCCAGCACUGGGAAGCUAACUAACACCUGGAGUGUUAAUGCCAAGAUGUUCCUGUUCUCAUCAACACUUGUUUUAUUUAAGGGUUUUCCAUAUAUUUAGCCUUUGAUGUCAUUGUAACACGUUUUGGGGUGGUUUGUUUUUUGGCAUUUCUGAUCUCCCUGCUUAAAAUUCCACGAUACACAAAGCACACACUUCCAACUGUGUGAAACUUUUACGUAAAUUUCAACAUCACAAUUCACAAGAUUAUUUAAAAUGAUUUGCGUGCCAAAGCGUUUUCUUUCUUAUUUGAUAAAGCUCAUCAAAGAUGCAUCGCUUAUUCUUGCAAUUUAAAAUAAAUUUAGCAGUUUCAAGUUGUGUGCUUUUCAUUUUUUCUGUAAGACAUCUGGCUUUUAAAAUUGACACUAGCAAGUUUUUUGGGGGAGGGGGGAGUAGUUAACCUUGCCUAGGAAGUAGCCUACUACUGGUACAGACUAGACCCCAUGAUUUUUUGGGGGGUGCACUUAGGGGGCUCUGGCAGCAGUGACUACUGCUGGCAGCUCUGUUGUCUGGCCAGCCUUGUAGUUUCCUGCUUCCCUUCCCAGCAGGCCUCUCCCACUUCCACCCAUUUCCUACAGCAAGGCAGGAGAGGGAGGAGGCAGAAGCAGUUGAUUUUAAACGGUUGAAAUAUGCUUUUAGCUUAUAUUUAAUUUUACUCCUUAAUCAAUUUGGUGUUUGCUACCCUGGGAGCCUUUGCGGGGGAAAUGUGGGCUAGAAACAAAUUUUCCACCGGCAGAGUGACGACACCGUUGGACACGAUUCAUAAGAACAAUAGACAAUCCAUAGAAGCAACUGUCGUUUCCCUCAGGGUGGACCAUGUUUGACUGAAACCAAGAUCCUCUUUCUGUUCUCAGGUGACCAGCAAGUAAAGGAAGAUGAGGUGGAGACAUUUCAGCUGGCAAAAGGACCCGAGCAAUGUGAACUCAAUGGGGUAUUACUGGAUGGAGCAACCGGGAUUAUUUCUCAAGGACUAAACACACAAGAAACAUUUGGAAACCAGCGGGUUCGAGAAAGCCCUUGUGGUGGCAGAGGUUCCCCUGCAGCUGCGUCCUGUGAGAGAGAAACAGAGGGACCCGACCGCGGAGAAGGACGCAGCCAGAGCUCUGACCUCCCACAGAGGCGGCUGGCCCGCAGGCGAAAGAAAACGCACGUGUGCUCUGAAUGCGGGAAAGCCUUUGACCGGCUCUCUGUCCUGGCGAACCACCUGACCAUCCACACAGGGGAGAAGCCCUACCAGUGUGUGGACUGCGGCAAGGGCUUUGGCUACAAAGCGCUCCUUGUGAGGCACGGCCGGAGCCACGAAGGACAGAAGCCGUACAAAUGCUUGGCGUGCGGGAAGACGUUCAGCACCAGCACUAUCCUUUCCGAUCACGAGAGAAUCCACACGGGAGAGAGGCCCUUCACCUGCGCCGACUGCGGGAAGUGCUUCAUCAAGAGGGGCCACCUGAUGAGGCACCAGCUGACCCACACGGGGGAGAAGCGCUACAAGUGCUCCGAGUGCGACAAGAGCUUUGGCGACAAGAGCCUCCUGACCACCCACAAGAGGAGCCACACGGGGGAGAAGCCGUACACGUGCGCCGAGUGUGGCAAGAGCUUCAGCCAAGGAUCGCACCUCAUCACUCACAAGAGAAUCCACACCGGAGAGAAGCCGCACCAGUGCUCGCACUGCGGGAACAGCUUCAGCCGGCGCUACGACCUCCUCAUCCACGAGAGGACGCACACAGGAGAGAAGCCCUACCCAUGCCCUGAGUGCGGGAAGAGCUUCCGCCAGAGCUCGCAGCUCUUUGUCCACGGGAGGAUCCACAUGGGAGGGAAGCCCUACCGAUGCGCCGAGUGCGGCAAGAGCUUCCGCUGGGAGAGCAGCAUCAAAAUGCACAUGAAGAACCAUGCCGGCGACCGGCCGUACGCCUGCUCCGAGUGCGGCAAGCGGUACGGCAAGUCCUCGCACCUGAUCCGCCACAAGGCGACGCACACGGGCGAGAAGCCCUUCCAGUGCUCGCAGUGUGAGAAGAGCUUCACCCAGAGGUCCGUGCUUGACCUCCAUGAACGGACGCACACGGGAGAGAGGCCGUUCCAGUGCUUGGAGUGCGGGAAGUGCUUCCGCUGGGAAAGCAACUACCAGAUGCACGCCAAGAACCACACCCGGAAGAAGCCGUUUGAGUGUGCGGACUGCGGCGAGAGCUACGACAAGGAGUCUCAGCUCAUCAAGCAUCGCAGGACCCACACGGGGGAGAAGCCCUUCAAGUGCAAGGAGUGCGGCCUGUGCUUUGACUGCAUCUCCGCGCUGACGGGGCACCGCAAGGUCCACCGGAGCGAGAGGCCCUUCAAGUGCGCCGAGUGCGGCAGGAGCUACAACGGAGAGCCCGAGCUCCUCAAGCACCAGAGGGCCCACACGGCGGAGAAGCCGCACAAGUGCCCCGAUUGUGACAAGAGUUUUGACUCUAGCUCUGCCCUGAGGGUGCACCGGCGCAUGCACACCGGGGAGAAGCCCUACAAGUGCUCAGGCUGCGGGAAGAACUUCAGCCAGAGUUCAAACCUCCGGACGCACAUGAGAAUCCACACAGGAGAGAACGUGUGA